AUCCGAUUGAAAACGAGCUAAGUAUUUACAGUGCGUCAGAAUCUUUUGAUAUGCGUACUAUUUUGGUCUGAUACUAGCGAUUCAGGAGUAUCAGAUCAGACCGUACUAAGAUAAUUCGCGAACAUUUACACCGACCGUAUCAAGCGAUUUGAUACGGAUUUGAUACUUAGUACGCCUAUCAAGUGCUCGGUGUAAACUAGGCCAAUGCAUGUUCCAUCAGUUGGAUUGUUGAAACUUAGUAAUAUUCAUUGGUAUCCUACUUUGGCAUUUAUUAUGCUUUUACGUUAAACACAUUUUAUAUGUGUAGUAAUGUUAUCUUUUGCAGUAGAGAGUAACGUGAUUAUGUGUCAUGUUUGCAAUGUAACUAGCCAGGUGGAAAAUUUGAUUGAGAAUAGAUUUCUAUCAAAGUUGUUAGAGGAGGAAAGCGAUCUAGGAUUGGACGAUGAAAGUAAAGAAGCCGAAGAGGAAAAGAAAUGUACUAGCUGUCACGAUAACAUUGUCGCUACUAGUUGGUGCAUGGAAUGCGAAGAAUUCAUCUGCCAGAGUUGUGUUCUGGCUCAUCAAAGAUUGAAGAUAACCAAGGAUCAUAUAAUUAAACCUAAGGAUGAAAUAGCAAAUGAUAGAGACAAUGUUAAAAGAGGAAAUAAGAAAAUACCUGGAUAUUUGUUUUGCACAAUCCAUUCCCAUGAACAGCUGUCUUUAUUUUGUCAAACAUGCGAUAGACUGACUUGUAGAGACUGUCAACUCAGUGAACAUCGUGACCAUAAAUAUAAAUUUAUUCAUGAAAUUGCAGCUGAAACUCGUACUUCCAUGUCGAUUUUGCUUAAAGAAGUAAGUUACAAACGAGUAUUAUUAAAAAGUGCGAUGAAAGUUAUAGAAGAUAGACAGAUUCUAAUACUGGAAAAGAAAAAAAGUCUUGUUCAAGAUAUAACACAAAUGGUAGUACAAUUAACAAAUGCUAUUAAUACGAGAGGAAAGCAAUUGGUAAUGAGAUUAAAUGAAGUGUGUGAUCAAAAGCAGAAUACAUUAAAUGAGAAAAAAGUUGCUUUAGAUCAAUUGUCCAGACUUACGGAUCAUUGUAUACUCUUUGGCACUCAUGCUUUGAAGAAAGGCUCGGACAUGGAAUUAUUAUACAGUAAAAAAUCUGUUACAAGUCAUUUACAAAGAAUAAAAAGUAGACGAGCCGAUAUCCCAAAUCCUGAGAUACCUGUCAGGAUACAUUUAUCUCUGGAAAAAUUACCAGAUUUAAUAAAAGUGGUGUCAUCAAUCGGGGCAAUAGUCGUCGAUGGUAGAGUAUAUCCGUCCAUAUCGCCUUUGGCUGUCAAUAACAGCACCGCGACUUAUAAUGAGUCACAGGCCGAACAAAAGCAAACCACAAAUUCGACAAAUACUCAUACAGAUGGUAUUGUUCCCGUUGUCAUUCAACAAGUACCGUUACCUGUAAUGAUAACGCAGCAAUCUGUUAACGCGCAACAGAAUUCUUAUCAGCAACAAGCACCUCUGCAUCUCCCGCAGCAACAACAACAGCAGCAGCAGCAACAGCAACCACCACCACAACAACAACAUGCGCAACAAUCGCAAAAUUAUAUGCAACAGUAUAUUGCGCCGCACAGUAUGUCACCUCGAUCGUCACCACAAGCGCAUCAGCCACGAGUGCCGUAUUCUGUCAACUAUAGUAACAACAGAUUGCAACAACCUCCAUUGAUGCAUCAACAACGCCCGUUGGGAACCUGCCAUCAACAAGUAACAUCGUCCACGCAUCCACAUCAGCAAGCUCAAAAUCUGGAUCAGCUUGGACAAAACACGAGUUUACGCGGGCUUCUCGCGCAUAAUUCCAUUCCGCCGCCUCCUUAUCCAUCGUUCCGGGCGUCCGCCAAUCACAUACCGUACCGAUUUUCUCCUGGGCUAUUUAGACAUUCUUCAAGCGGUAACCCUCAGAGAGUCCAAGUACCACCACCUCACACAUAUCAAGCGGCAAGUACAUCCAUUGUACCUGUGACGUCACGUGUACAACAAUGUAAUUUAACUUCUCCGUCAACGCAGCACAUUGGGAAUUAUCCUAUCCAUCGUUGGCAUAUACCGCAACAAGCAAAUCCUUGCCUUCCUUAUACUAUGCCUCGGCAGCAACAUGUACCCACUUAUACGCCAGUUCCUACCAAUGAUACCUACAAAAUUACUUUAAGAAAUCAACAAACCAGCAAUAAUCAAAAAUAUAGCACCAAUGUAAACGCCAGUUCGUGUGAUAAUCCACCACAGUUGCAAAAUUCAGCCACCGUCUCAUUGUUACAUGCUGUCAGCUCGUCCAUACCCAAAACGCCUAGUCCCGUCACUACUCCUGGCAAGUCGGACGACACCGAAAAGAGUUUAGAUAAGUUUUGUCAGAAAUCAUUGAAUGACCUAAUGCUCACUAUUGCAAAAUUAGAUAGUAAUGGAAUCCUAGUAAUACCAGAAGCUCAAAGAAAUCAGAUAGAUUCAGCACAAGUCGAUAGUUCUACCGACGAAGAUAUAAAUUCGAUGGCUGAGAAUGCAACGGCGGAUAAUUCGAAAAGUGCAACCACUUCUAUGGUGAUGAAAGAUGAUCCAAACGAAGACUGGUGUGCUGUAUGCAUGGAUGGAGGAGAUGCAGUAUUGUGUUGCGAUAAAUGUCCAAAAGUCUUCCAUCUUUAUUGUCAUAUACCUAGUUUAAAAUCAUUCCCAGACGAGAGUGAAACUUGGCAAUGUAUGUUGUGUACAAAUGUGCUCGAUUGUUCUGAAGAUAUAUCGAACAGUGAAAAACGACUAAACGGUAUGAGCCCUAAGGAAUUGCGAAUUGCCCAAAGGAUUGUCUUGGAACUUUAUUGUCAAUACGAGCAGAGCUUACCUUUUCGGGAAGUUGUAUCGAGUGAGAUUACUGAUUAUCAUCGGAUUAUUAAGAAGCCAAUUGCAUUAGAUAUAAUCAGAGAUAAAUUAAAACCUGAUCAUAUAGGCCAUUAUACAGAUCUGAGACAAGUCAUGGCGGACAUCAGACUCAUGUUUAAAAACGCUUUUACCUACAAUCCUGUGGAUUCACAAGUUUAUCAAGAAGCUAGAAAUUUAGAAGAGUUUUUUGAGAAGUUGUUAUUGAAAUGGGCACCAAAUUAUGCGUAUGAUGACCCUUUCCUCACACCUGACAAGGAGGAAGAUGAAGAAGUUUUUCCACCCAAUCGAAAAUAUAGACGUAUAAUUAAUGAUUAAUAGAGACUAAGUGAAUUGUCAAGUAUACCUCAUAAGAAUUGUUGCGUUUGGAACUAAAUUAUUUUUACGAUUUUAUAACUGUCUUAUUACACAGUUGAUAAUUUGAUAGAAUGUGAUAAAAAGACCUCCGAAACUAUACUG